AUGUUUAACGAGGCGCUUCCGCCUCCACUUCCGCUUCCGCCUCCGCCUUCUAUGCCUGCAUCAGUUCGACAGGAGGACGAGGGACUCAAGUUUCCAGUUUACCUACUUCCCAGUCUCUCUAUGCCGUUUCGCCGAAGACGACAGAGCUCGCAGUCGAGUCACGGAAGCCCGCCAGCCGAUAUUCCUCCGUCUUUGAGCUCGUCUCCUACAGACUCGAUACCACCAAGUCCUACGAGGCGGCUAUCGAUACCUUCAUUUACUUUACCUACCAACUUCUUUACCAACUUUAGAUCGAAAGGGAGCCAACUAUCACAGGCACCCUUGGAGACUUCUAUUACACGAACACAACCUAACACCAUUAGAUGCUCAACAUGUGCUUCUGAUUUUGCUUUCGCCUCGCAAAUUGUUAGUAAAGGGUUCACAGGCCGCUACGGCCGAGCAUUCCUGGUUUCGGCGCAGGACCAGCCGCUACACAGAGGCACGAAGGCCGGGGACCUUAUCAAUAUCAAGAUUGGCAAACCAGAAAAUCGCCUCUUAGUUACUGGAUCGCAUAUGGUCGCAGACAUCUCCUGUACAGUUUGUCACGCCAAGGUAGGCUGGAAAUACAUAGACGCGAAGGAAGACUCGCAGAAAUACAAGAUCGGGAAGUACAUACUCGAGACUCAAAGAGUUGUCGUAUACCGGAACUGGGAAGACACCCGGAUUGGCGAUAUUCACGAAUCCGAAACCGAGCAGGAAAACGCGCCGGUGGAGGAUGAUGCAGAGCCCGUCAUAUUCGACUCAGACGAUGAGGAUGAAUGCGAAGAUAUCUUCAUGGGGACUUGGAAUGCUAAUGUGGUUGCUAAGAGGCGAAGUCGGAAAGUCAAUCGGCGUCCGAAGAAGAACGACGGUUAA